GCCAGAGCCGGGCGGAGCCAAGCCCGGGGCAGCCUGGCCCUGCCGGUCCCGGCUGGGCGGAAUCUCACACGUGUCCGUGGCGUCACGCCGCCCGCUCUCCUGCGUCAGAUGUUCCAGAAGCGGCUGGGCUGAGGCUCCACGCACGGCACCGACUCCGGGUCUGGCUGGAAGGGGGCAGGCAGGUGGUGCUGGUCGCGGCGGCGGCAGCGAGGCGGAGCGCGGGCGGGCUGCGGCAGCUGCUCGGGGAAGGCGCGCCCGCGGCGCCGGGGGAGCGGCUGCGUUUGGAGCCGCCUCGGGAGCGCCGAGCCCUCGCCGGGACCCCGAGCCGCCGUAGGAGCGCUGGAGGCGGCCCCUCGGCGGCGGCGGCGGCGGCUGGCAGAGACGGCUCCCCGGAGCCCCCCGCCUCUUGGCUCGCCCCGGCUCGCUUCCCCGGAGCAGUGGGCGGUCCCGGGGCCGCAGCCCCUCGCCGAGACGCCCCGGCGCGAAGGGAGUGGGUUUGUUUCGGUGCCCCGGCCGACAGGCGCCCCCAGUUCGAUGGUUGGUUCGGAACGCGAUGAGCCGCCCGUCCUCCGCCGGACCCGGUGCUAACAAACCCUGUGGCAAGCAGCAGCAGCCCCCGCAGCAGCCCCCGCCGCACGCCCCGUCCCAGGCUGCGCCCCCGGCCGCCGCCACCAUCUCGGCUGCCGGACCUGGCUCGUCCGCGGUGGCCGCCGCGGCCGCAGUGAUCUCGGGCCCUGGCGGCGGCGGCGGCGGCGGCGGCGGGCCGGUCUCUCCCCAGCACCACGAGCUGACCUCGCUCUUCGAGUGCCCGGUCUGUUUUGACUAUGUCCUGCCCCCGAUCCUGCAGUGCCAGGCCGGGCACCUGGUCUGUAAUCAAUGCCGCCAGAAGCUGAGCUGCUGCCCGACCUGCCGGGGAUCCCUGACCCCUAGCAUCAGGAACCUGGCCAUGGAAAAAGUGGCCUCUGCUGUGCUGUUUCCCUGCAAGUACGCCACCACGGGAUGUUCUCUGACCCUUCACCACACGGAGAAGCCGGAACAUGAAGACAUCUGCGAGUACCGCCCCUACUCCUGCCCCUGCCCCGGGGCCUCCUGCAAGUGGCAGGGCUCGCUGGAAGCCGUCAUGUCCCACCUCAUGCACGCGCACAAGAGCAUCACCACCCUCCAGGGGGAGGACAUCGUCUUCCUCGCCACAGACAUUAACCUGCCGGGGGCCGUCGACUGGGUGAUGAUGCAGUCCUGCUUCGGCCACCACUUCAUGCUGGUGCUAGAGAAGCAGGAGAAGUACGAGGGCCACCAGCAGUUCUUUGCCAUCGUGCUGCUCAUCGGGACCCGGAAGCAAGCCGAGAACUUUGCCUACAGACUGGAGCUCAACGGCAACCGGCGGAGACUGACCUGGGAAGCCACCCCCCGCUCCAUCCACGACGGGGUGGCUGCCGCCAUCUUGAACAGCGACUGCCUUGUUUUUGAUACAGCCAUAGCACAUCUCUUUGCCGACAACGGAAACCUCGGAAUCAAUGUGACGAUUUCAACCUGUUGUCCGUGACGUGUUUUUGUAGCGUUUAGCAGGCCGUAGAGUUGUCAGGACGCCGUACUUUUACACUUUAAUAAAAUGUUGUUGUUGUUUUAAAA